GGGCCACAAUGUGGCCCCUAUGCAUGGAGUCAUGGCACCCAGACUGAGCCCCCGCAGGGCCCGGAGAUACCUCUUCGCCUGCACCCUGUGCUUGUUCUGCUCCUUGCUCUGCUACAACCUCAUCCUCCGCACUCACUCCGCGAUGGGCAGCGGGGGGUACCAGCAACUCACCUGCCCUCUCCCCCCAAUCCUCGGGGGCAAAAAGCUACUGCAGAAAAUGCCUCUCUGCCCCCUCUCCGGAGUUACCAUCCUCCCAAGCAACACCGAUCUACCCAAUACCACCGGUGAAUGGAGUGGCACUGAAGCCCCCCAAAUAAAGGGGGUCUCCCCCAAACCCACAGAGCAUCAGACUCACCCUCCGGGCAACAGCAGCGCGACCCCCAGAUAUGGGCACAAGAGACUCCCCCAGGCUAUCAUUGUGGGGGUCAAAAAAGGAGGCACGAGGGCUGUUUUGGAAUUUAUCAGGGUGCACCCCGAAGUCAGAGCCAUGGGGACCGAACCCCACUUCUUCGAUAGACACUAUGACAGGGGUCUGGACUGGUACAGAAACCUGAUGCCUCGAUCUCUCGAUCAACAAAUCACGGUGGAGAAGACCCCUAGUUACUUUGUGACACGGGAUGCUCCACGAAGGAUCUCUCACAUGUCUCCCAGAGUUAAGCUGAUUGUGGUUGUCCGUAACCCAGUUACCCGUGCCAUCUCGGACUACACACAGACUCUGUCCAAGAAACCUGACAUCCCAAGCUUUAGUGAACUGGCCUUCUGUAACAAGACAAGUGGAGAAGUAGACACAUCUUGGAAUGCGAUUAGGAUUGGACUCUACGCGCUGCACCUUCAACCAUGGCUUAGCCAUUUCCCGAUUUCCCAGAUGCAUUUUGUGAGCGGAGAGAGACUUAUCACAGACCCAGCUGGGGAGAUGGCACGAGUGCAGGACUUCCUUGGUCUCAAGCGUUUGGUCACCGACAAACACUUCUACUUCAACAAAACCAAGGGCUUCCCUUGUCUCAAGAAGCCUGGAGGUGGAGGAGUACCACGUUGCCUGGGCAAAUCCAAGGGACGGACUCAUGUACAGAUAAACACAGAGGAUAUAGAACAACUGAGAGAAUUCUAUAGACCCCAUAACAUAAAGUUUUAUGAGACUGUUGGGCAGGAUUUUCACUGGGAGUAGGGAGGUUCCAGGCAGGUGUUGCUGGAAAGCAAAGCACAAACCACAAGUGCAAACUAAGGGAAAAUAAAGAUGGGGCAAGAGACAAAAUCAAAUGGAAACAAAAGAACAGACAAAAUACAAAAUAAUAGGUUGCAGAGCCAAAGGGAUGACAUUGCCUCGUAAUGAGUGCACAAUGAUACCUACCAACCCACUGAUGGGACUAUAGCCGAAAACAGGAAAGAGGCACAAGGUUAAAACAUAUAUCGAUAUGAUACGAUGCACAACUUUACAUAUAAUACCACAUUUAAAAGAAGCAAGUCAAAUAAUAGGAGAGCACAAAUCACUGGAGUAAAUGUUGAUACGGGAAAGAA